UGCUCAUGUUAACUCUGCAUUCCUGAAAAGGCUCGGUAAUAUCACUUUGUGCUGCGCUAAGGUGUCUUGCUGUUCUAGUUAAUCAAGAUGUCUUCACCGAGAGAGCUCGAAGAAGUGUCCGAAUUACCCUCCGAUGAAGCUUUCGAAGAAGUAAACAAGUACAUUAAAGAUGUUAACGACAUUCUGAAACAGGAGGCGAACAAAGUUUAUAAGGAAAGAGAAGCGUUUGAUGAGGUGGCGAACAAGCUUGAGCAUGUCCACUUCUCGAAGAUGCUGAAACUUAAUGUUGGCGGCCACCUUUUCUCGACGAGUUUGUCGACCAUGAAUAAAGAUCCAGGUAACUUAGGCCAUGUUUCUUACAUUUAAAAAUACAUACAGUAAGAAUCACUGACUAAUAAGAGCUGUUAAAGGAUCUUGAAAUUAAUUCGAAAUAUUGUUAUGCAUGGUGUCACAUUGUUUGGAAUCACAAUGAGGGUCAACUAUAAUUGCUUUAAAGGACAAGGUCACUCAAAAAAUCGCAUAUAUUUUGUAGCCACCAAAAAAUAUUUUACACUAAGCCGAGUUAGUUACCGUUUUUUCAGUUUCCAAAGUUGCUCCGAUCUUAAUGAAAACCCACUUAAAAGUCGCCAAAGUGCCCCGCCAUUAUGAAUAGGUAAUUAGCUUAGAUAUGACCACAAACCGUCCAAUUUUUCAUUACCCCCGCCUGUGUCGACGGUUUACCUUUCGAUCGUGGUCACGACAGUUCUUAAAUGGUAUCGUUUCAAGCCAAAACGAGCCAAAAGUGUGGAAGAAAACAAUGACUAAGAAGGUGAAAUGAGUAAUCUACUAGAGACUACGGAUACGUGUCCUUGUAGCUUACGCCAAGAGCUACUAAUGCCGAGAGAGCGCAUUCGCUGUCAGAAAUAACCAGAUUUGAAAAACAAGACGGAGGAUGCAAAUAACAAACAAAUAUACGAAAGAUCGUCAGCCAUCAUGAGUGAAUACUUUCAACGGAAAGUGGUGUCUUUUCGCUUACAAGAAGUUUUGGAAAUGAGCUGAAACGAACAAGGUUUGUAUUUAACUCCGUGUAUUUGUUGAUGUCUCAAUGUGACUGAUGUAUCUUUAACUGCAAGCUUUCCUAGUUACUUAUUUUUUAAAUUGGAUUCGACAUUGAUGCAAUGAACAAUCUACGCUGUCCACUAGUUUCAUUCAGUGGAUAAUGUUAUACCAAGUAAGUUUCAAAUAAGGUGUCACCAGCGAUAAAAGCAGAGUGUGUUUAUUUUCAAAGAUUGUCUAGAUUAAAUUUUUUAAAGUUUAUAUUGAAAGAUACGAGAACUAAUCUCAAGAGUAACCAAUUGGGUAUAAAAAUGCAACAGGGUAAAAAAAACUGCGUAUCCAAAAAAACAAUACAACAAGCUAAUUUAAGUACCGAAGAUUGUAGAUUUCACCAGUCGUUAACCCUUUACACCCUAGCUCAAGUAUGCAUAUUCUCCAUACUGUUCUGUAUGCAUUUUCUUUAAGUUAUAGCCUGCAGUGUAGUCGUCUUAUCAGUGCGAGCUAACGUUAUAAGCUCGCGAUCGUUUAUCGACCGGCCAUGUUUGAUUUGGAUUUGAGGUGUACGAUGGGGGUAGGGAACGGGGAAAAGGCGAAAAGACGCCUGCCCGAAGAAGCUGUUCAAAUGCUAUAGACCCCCUGAUUAGUUACGCUGCACUGAAUUUCCAGAAAUAGGCAGAUAAACAACAAAAAUUACUGUUCCAGGCAAUUGUUAAUAUUUUUGUAUAAAGACUGGUCCUUGUGUAAAGAAAGGAAACUUCGUUUUUAACAUCAUGUGUGGCAAAUUUUAGUUUGACGGCGACUUCUUUGUUCGAAAUCCUUUAUUCAGGGAUGAUUUUCUAAGGAGAAAUUAGAUGCUAGCUUCUCUUAGCUUAGAGUCAAAGGGUUAAAACCAGUAUGAUUCCCAUCUCCUUUCGCAAACUCCUAGCAUAGUUGUAAUGACCUAGGAUGAAAUCACUUAAUUCUCCUCUUCCAAGAUUUCCAUAGAUCUACCCGAUAUACUGUUGAUAAGCUGCAUAGAGAUAGUGACUAAAGAUCAAAUAGGUAACUUAAAAAAAUAAAAAUUAAAAAAAACCGAAACGAAUAAGCAAUAUUUAAUCAUAAAAUGUAAGAGGAACGGAACAGCAUCGCUCUCUUGAUUGUACAUUUUCAUCAGAUCAAGAUUUGAAAUACGUGUAUUUAGGAUCUAACCGGCUUCACGUCAUAAUGAUUGCAGACUUUCCAUUCUCGAUGUAAUUUGAGAAAAAUCAUGUUAGAAAUGAGAAAGUACAGUACAUAAUGUAUCCUGAAGUAAAUCCUAUCAGCAUUACUCUUACCGAUUCUGCAUUGGUAAAGGCAUGGAGGAUCUAUUACAGUCGUGGAAGCCCACUAUCGUAGUUAGUAACAACACUUGAUUUAAGCACACGGCUAAAAAUUCCUCCUUCUCUAAAAUAUACGAAACCCUCGCUCUUUGCCCAGCAGCAAAAUAAACGGUAUUUGACAUAAGCUGAUUUCUCGGCGAAAUAUGUUUUUUCUCCUUAUCGCAGGUUCCAUGUUACACGCCAUGUUUUCUGGCAGAUUUGACACAAAACCUGACGAGGAUGGAUCUUACUUCAUUGAUCGAGAUGGAACCCACUUUCGGUACAUCCUGAAUUAUUUACGCACGGGGGAGCUUAUCGUCCCUAAUGACGAGAUCAUUCGCAGAGAACUGCUGGCUGAGGCCAAAUUUUACCAGUUCGAAGGAAUGAUAAACGAGCUGCAACCAACGCCAUUAGCAGAUCCAAUCCAGACUGUGAUUCAACCGUUCAAGGAUUCAGUGAUUCUCUCGUCCAAUCAGAGGAAGACUUUGAUGAAUUGGUUGAAGAACACACCGGGCGUUUCCAACAGCGAUGAGCUUUUGUUGUACCGAGCUUCUAGAGAUGGUUGGUAUUCUUACAACUUUCACUCCUGUUGUGAUAACAAAGGGCCAACAGUUACAGUGAUAGAGAGUGGAGAUAAUAUAUUUGGAGGAUUUACUGAACAAAGUUGGGAAAGUAAGUUCUAAACACUAACCUACUUCUUUUCUCUCAGUUGUUCUCAAAUUAUUGUCGGAUGGUUACGACAAGGAUGCUUAAAUAAUUAUAAUGCUAACGGAGUAUUUGAAAAGGCAUAAAUGUCCCCCAACGUUUGAGUGUUCAGGAAAAGAAUGUUAAUUUGUUAUAAAUUCCCACCUUGAGGAUUUGAAGUAGAUUAAAGAUUGGACAAUAAAUACUAUCAACAAUUGGACUCCAUUUUAUUCUGUCUGUUCCGUCGCAGAGGACAUCAAAAUGAGAUAGGAACAGGAUAAUGGCAAAUGACCCGUUGUGUUUCUAAAUCAGGCACCGAAUUUGACAUCACAUUACGCACCCGCGCACGCUAAAACAUUUGCAGUGUGUUGUUUCGAGUGUGAGUAAUCGUCGCGUGUCGCGGCUCGCGCCUUUCCAAAGAUCGCAAUUCAUUAUAAAUUGUCGCGGCGCGCUACUAUAAGUAAAACACCGUUGUUUCCAGGAGAAUCUCCACUCGUCAGCCUUAGAAAUUUAGAGACCCUCUUGGACGUUCAUCAAAAGAAAAUAUAACUUCAAAACGAAUGUAAAUUCCAAGGGAGGGUCUCUGUUUCUGAAAAUGUUUAUCCUUAGUCUUUGCAAAAUUAGGAACUUUUGCUUCAGAAAACGGAAAGGCGGAGGGCGCAGAAACGUGAUGAACGAAAUCGAGUUCAAUAUUAGUGCCAGUAAGAGGCCGUCAAGAUUCCAAUAUAAAAUUAUUUCGGAAAAUUGUUUCAAAUUUGAGCCCCUUGCUGUACAAAUAAAAUGAAACAAUUUUGUGGUGACGACCUCUGGUAUGUCUGUGCUCUUUCAGAUUAAAGGCAACCACCAUUCGCACGACGGGUACAUUUAGCUCAUUGCACAAGACCUUUCCUCACCCAACAUUAAGGCUCUAUUCAAAAAAAAAAAAUUGGUGGCUAGUUAUUGGAUAGCAGUACAACAAUUUUAAAAUUGUCAGAUUCUGUUAGCAUCUACUUUAACUGGUUAGCUUGUUUUUUGUUUAGGUAGUGGAUCAAACAAAAGUGCAGAAAACUCCUUUCUGUUCAGUCUUGUCAACCCGAGUGGUCUAUCACCAAUAAAGAUGCCUUUGAAGAGUGGACAAGAAAGAUAUGCUAUGUAUUGUCAUACUGGCUAUGGACCAACAUUUGGAGGUGAAAAUUAUCAUGAUCUUUGUAUUUUCAAUACACCAAACUGCAACAAUAACUUUGCAUAUUUGAAUAACGCUUACCAAUGUCCAUCAGGACAAAAUGCCGAGACGUUUUUAACAAGAAGUGAGACAUUCAGGGUGACUGAAAUGGAAGUUUAUAGGUUAUAG